AGGAACCCCUGGCCCCAAUGUCUAUAGCUGGUAGGGAGCUACAUGACAUCAUUUGUCUCAUCUGUGGGGAUUAUUUGACAGACCCGGUGACUCUAGAGUGUGGGCACAAAUUCUGCUUGGGCUGCAUCAGCCAGCGCUGCGAGGGGAUGGAGGCAGCCGCCUGCCCUCAGUGUGGAGAAACGUUCCAGAAAAAAGCCUUCAGGCCCGACGCACUGCUGGGCAACAUAAUAAAGUUCCUCAGACAGCAGGGCUUAAAGCCAGCACAAAGGGGGAGGGCCGGGUACGUCUGCGAGGAACAUGGCAAAGAGCUCACCUGGUUCUGUACGGAGGAUGUCAAGGCCCUUUAUGAGGAUUGCAAAGGAUCCCCGGCUCACCGCUCUCACACUGUGAUUCCCAGGGGAAAGGCUGCCCACGAGUCCAAGGAGGAGGCAAGCACAUCGAGCAGGAGUGAAAAUGUGAACAGUCAGGAACAGGAAGCCAUUUCUACUCAACAGCAGGAGCUCAGAGGUAAAUGAACGCCACUCUCAUAUUCAGCAGUGCCCACCCCAAGCGCUUACAACUCAUCAGUCAGGUCCAUAUAUGUGACAGGACUGGAUAAA